AAAAGGGGGUUUAUUUGUCUUACACAUCCGGAUCCCAUUCCCUUAUCAAAGGAAGUCAGGGCAGGAACUCCAGGCAGGAACUGAAGCAGAAGCCAUGGGGAGUGAUGCUAACUGGCUUGCUUUUCAUGGCCUGCUCAGCCUGCUUUUCUUACAGCACCCAGGAUCACCUGCAGGAGAUGGCCCUGCCCACAGUGAGCUGGGCCCUCCCAUGUCAGUCACCAGUCAAGAACACAUCCUGCAGGCUCACCCACAGGCAAUCGAUGGAGGCGUUUUCUCAGUCCAGUUCCUCUUUCCAGACAACUCUUGCUUGGGUCACACUGCCAGUGAUGGUGACGAUGGUGACGAUGCUAACCAGAACACAGGCAGAACAGCUUUGUGGACUGAGCCAUCUCUGCACUUCUCCUGUCCCUUCUCCUCUCAGAACUACAUUUUCUUAGUGAUUCUAACUUUAUCCGUGUCAAUGGCUGAUGCAAUGUUUGCAUCUCAGCCAUUACUCAAACAUCCAGAGUCCUCAGAAUCCUGAACUUGAAGGAGAAAGACCAGGACAUUUACUACUGCAGUUUAUCUGCAAACAAGAGAAGGCAGGAAGAGCUGGCAGUCGAUUGAUGGGACCCAACUCACAAUCUCCAAUGCAGGCAGCACCACCAUGAGGAACCCCUCCACACUCCCCUCUGCAGUCACCACAGCUGGAAGCAGGGACACAGAGGGUAAGAGGAGCCCUUCACUGGUGAUCCUGGGACCCAUGGUCGGGAUGGUGGUGACCAAGGCAGUGCUCAUAACCGCCAUCUCUGUGUUGCUGAUCUUCCUCUGGUGGAAGAAAAGUGUCCUCCCUGGGCCUCCUCUUCUGCCUGUGGCUCUGUUGCUCUCAUUUCCUGGACUCUGGCCAUGGUUUGGCUCCUGCUUCUGCUGCUAUCAGCAUGUCUGCAAGCUGGAUGCUCAGCAAGAUCCAACAGAGAAAAUACCUAUGGGGUGAACCAGCCAGCACGUCUCUCUGGUGUCCAGGGCGGCUCCAUCGAGAUCCCAUUCUCCUUCUACUUCCCCUGGAGGUUGGCAGAGGAUCCUCAGAUGAGAAUAACGUGGAGAUGGAAGCACUUCCAUGGGGACUUUAUCUACAACUCCACCCCACUUUUCAUACAUGAGCAUUUCAAGAACAGGCUCACCCUGGACUGGACACCAGGUCAGACAUCCGGAGUUUUCAGAAUUCUGAACCUUCAGGAAGAUGACCAGACCUCGUAUUUCUGUAAAGUUUUUCUGCUAACGACAGAAGGCAGGAAGAGCUGGCAGUCGAUUGAGGGGACCCAACUCACCGUGACACCUGCAGGCAGCACCACCAUGAGGAACCCCUCCACCCUCCCCUCUGCAGUCACCACAGCUGGAAGCAGGGACACAGAGGGCCAGAGGAGCCCUUCACUGGUCAUCCUGGGAGCCAUGGUCGGGAUGGUGGUGGCCAAGGCAGUGCUCAUAACCCCAAUCUCUGUGUUGCUGAUCUUCCUCUGGUGGAAGAAAAGGCAGCAGAGUGAAGCCUAAAUUCCAGGCCGCAGAGCCUGUCAUCCCACGAAGCAUCUGAGGGGCUGGACAGAGGUUUAUCAUGAGAGCCCUGCCAGGAGCCAGACAGAUGGUCCAGUCAGAGAAGCAUGGCUCACGGGUAGGAGGAGCGUAGUUAGGCCCUGAGCACCCACAUUGUAAGCCAGGGAGGGGCAGGAACUUGUAAUCUCAGCCCUGGAAAACCAAGAGACAUGGAGAGUCUUGGGGUUGGAUGUCCAGCUAUGCUGGACUAACUAGUGAGUUCCAGGCCAACAAGAGUCCAUGUCUUUAAAAACAUGUGGAUUCCUUUGGUGAUGAAUCAUGGAUGUAACAUUUUUCUAAAUUUAUUUCAAUUAUGGAUUUUGAAAUUAUAAAUAAAUGGACAUAAAAUAUUAUAAGUCAGUGAGAUAGCUCAGGGGGAAGAGGAGCCUGCCGCCAGCUAGCUGACCUGGCUGUGAUUCCUGAGGACACAAAAGGUACAAAGAGAAAGUGACUCUGGAAAAUGUGACUCCCUCUCAGGGUCACACACAGGUGCCUGGUGAGAGACCAUGUUGGUGAGUCCUUAGCUAACAGACCUCCAGGUGCCAGGAUCUCUCACCAGGGAGGGGAGCUGACAUCACAGUAGUGACUGGUGGCCUCACACCCUGCUUCCCACCCCCUUCCCUGCCUCCUGCCUGGGAAUCAGAGCACAUACCUGCAGGAUGGUGCUGGGAACAUCUGUCCUUGGACAGCUAGAAGAGAACCCCACUUCUGCCAUAUGAGUUCUGAUUUCCUGUCCUUGGAUCCCAGGUCAUCCUGUCUGUCUGUGGACAUGUGAGCAUGACUGUGCUGUUCUCUGUCUGUUCAUGGAGUCAAUAACACUUUUAAUAAAUGUCUUUCUCCCAGAA